CCCACAGCAGUACCAACCCAACCACUUGCAAACACCCCGGUCUAUAGCUCUGGAGUGCUGCUCUUGGAUCCGAGGGGGACCCUGCGCCCAGUGGCCGACAGUGACCCCUGUUCCCUGUGUCCUGCAGGGAAUUCCGGGGGGGACGGAAGGAGCUCUGUGGUGCGGGACAACCCCCUCCCCUCAUUUCUCCAAGCCAGUGGCCCUCAAUGGCUGAUGGAUGCUUGGGCUGACUUUCCACCUUUGGCUUUGGGUUCUUCAUCUCUCCUUCAGCGGAUUUCUGGUUUUAUUUUGCAAGAACCAUCCCACUGGAUUUAGCAACUGGAAUAUUUUUGGGAGUGAUCACUGAAAGUAGUUUGCGGAGGAGAUCUUGCUUUAUUCCCUCCUCCUGAGUAUACGUGGUGAAGUUUGACCAAGUUGAUGGCGGCCAAUGGACCUACUCCAACCAAAGACUUUUGGGCCUGGCCCCUGAGGAACUAAAGGCUCUCUGAGCUGUGCCUUCUCCCAUUGCCUCUCUUCCUUGUCCCUCACCCCCAUCGACACCAUUCCCUGGCCCCACGACAACAUGAUCUUAGCCCGGUUUGAUUUCCACAGUUUCCUGCUCCGCCUUUCCAACCAUCCCAGGUGGGGCUGCCACAGACGCCCUCGCAGACGGGCUCUUCUCCUCUGGCUCUUGUUUCUUUGUUUGCCUGGCUGCAUCCAAGCAACUACCUUCAAGGUGGGCGUGAUGGGUCCUUGGAACUGUGACUCUAUCUAUGCCAGGGCCUACCCGGAUGCGGCCGCCAGCCUGGCUGUUUCCCGCAUCAACAAAGACCCAACUCUGAACCAGGGUUAUUGGUUCGAUUAUGUCCUCCUCAAUGAAGAGUGCCAGUCAUCGAAAGCCAUGGUGGGCUUUGUCAACUCAGAGCGCUAUGCCUCUGGAUUUGUAGGACCAGUCAACCCAGCAACCUGUGAGGCAGCUGGUCUAUUGGGAAAAGCUUGGAACAAGCCCAUCUUCUCCUGGGCUUGCUUGAUAGGCGAUGCCGAGAUGGAGCGUUUUGGCACCUUUGCCCGGCCAUUGCCACAGGCCUCUGCUGUAAUCUACACAGUGUUAAAGUACUUCCGGUGGGCUCACGUCGCUGUGAUAACCUCUGGACAGGACAUGUGGGUGGAAGCAGGCCAUGGCUUGGCAGAAUCAUUGCGCAACUUUGGACUCCCCGUCACCGUAGUGACCACCAUGGAAAAUGAUCCUGAAGGGGCCCGGGAUGCUCUCCGCAGGGUACAGAGGGCCUACGAUGUAAGAGCUAUCGUUAUGUGUAUGCAUUCCGCCCUUUUGGGUGGCGAGGAACAACGGAUCCUGCUGGAGAAGGCAGAAGAAUUGGACAUGACGGAUGGGACCUACGUUUUCAUCCCUUAUGAUGCCCUGACUUACAGCAUGCCCUACCAGAGGGAAAUCUACACUGCGCUAGAUGACAGCAUCAAAUUGCGCUUGGCCUAUGAUGCAGUGCUCACAAUCACCAUAGAUUCGCCAGAAAACUCCUUUCGGGAUGCCUUUCGGGAGGCUCAAGAGAAGAGGGAGAUUCCCAGUCAUCUCGAUGCUGACAAGGCUCAUCCCCUCUUUGGUACAAUUUUUAAUUCUAUCUACUUCCUGGCCAAAGCAGUAGAAAAUACUCGCAAAGCUGGCAAGUGGGUGAUGGGCACCAGCAUUGCCGAAAACACCAAAGAUUUUGAACUGGAAGGCUUCAGCCAGCAUGUCUCAGCUGAUGAAUAUGGCGAUGCUGUGAUCCCUUAUAUCAUCUUGGACUCAGAUGGCAAGGGCAGCCGCCUCUGGCCGACUUACAGGGUGGAUGUUGCAGGCGGGACCCUACGCUAUGCUGGCCACUCUGUCCAUUGGCCCCAUAGCUCCAGUCCCGACACAGACUCCAACUGCUGGUUUGACACUGUGAACAUCUGCUCUGGAGGAGUGCAUGCUGGUUUUGUAUUUUUCCUCUUCCUUAUGAUGAUUGCCUUGGCUGCAGGUGGGGUUGUACUUGCUUUCCAUCUUAGGCGCCGGUUUCAGCACGCCCAACUCAUGAAGGGGCCCAACAAGAUUGUCCUCACCAUGGAUGAUCUGACCUUCAUUAAUGCUGGGAACAGCAAAAAGAAAAUGAAUGACAGCCGCCCCAGUCUUGCAGGAAGGAGCAUGUCAGAUAUGAAAAGCAUCAAGAGUGUGGCGGGUCAUCCGGAGAACACCAACGUCGCUGUGGCCGAGGGUGAUGAGAAGCCAAAAACCAGCAGCCAUCUCCCUUUGCUCCUUCUUUUGUUUAACAGCCAAGGCAUAAUAGCCGCGGUCCAGGGCGACUGGGUGUGGCUGAAGAAAUUCCCAGGAGAGUCCCACACUGAAAUCAAACCCUCGACCAAAACAGCUUUUUGUAAGCUGCGGGAUCUGCGGCAUGAAAAUGUAAACCUUUUCCUUGGUUUCUUCCACGACUGUGGGAUCUUUGCCAUCGUCUCUGAGCAUUGCACCCGUGGGAGCCUUGAAGAUCUGCUCCGCAAUGAGGACAUGAAAUUGGAUUGGAUGUUCAAGUCGUCCUUGCUGCUGGACCUGAUUAAGGGGAUGAAAUACUUACACCAUCAUGACUUUACACAUGGAAGGCUGAAGUCUCGGAACUGUGUGGUGGACGGCCGCUUUGUCCUCAAAGUCACGGAUCAUGGCUACAAUGAGCUACUAGAGGCCCAGAAGAUACCACGGGCCGCAAUGAAAGCUGAAGACAGGUUCUGGACAGCACCAGAACUGUUGCGAGAUCCAUCGCUGGACCGAAAAGGCACCUUCAAAGGAGAUGUCUACAGUAUCUCCAUAAUCAUGCAGGAAGUCAUAUGCCGUGCGCCUCCCUACUGCAUGCUAGAUAUGAGUCCCGAAGAGAUCAUCACUAAAGUGGAGAAGCCGCCACCACUUUGCCGGCCUUCCGUUUCCGUAGACCAAGCUCCAAUGGAAUGCAUUCAACUGAUGAAACAGUGUUGGAGCGAGCAGCCUGAAAAAAGGCCCAACAUCAACCAAAUAUUUGAUCAGUUUAAGAACAUCAAUAAAGGUCGGAAGACAAACAUCAUUGAUUCUAUGCUACGCAUGUUAGAGCAGUACUCCAGCAAUUUGGAGGAUUUGAUCCGGGAGCGAACGGAAGAGUUGGAGGUGGAGAAGCAGAAGACGGACAAGCUGCUAACGCAGAUGCUGCCCCCCUCUGUGGCAGAGGCCCUGAAGACAGGAGCGCCUGUGGAGCCAGAGUAUUUUGAAGAGGUGACCUUGUACUUCAGUGACAUUGUGGGCUUUACCACCAUCUCAGCCAUGAGUGAACCCAUUGAGGUGGUCGACCUUCUCAAUGACCUCUAUACCCUCUUCGAUGCCAUCAUCGGUUCCCAUGAUGUCUACAAGGUGGAGACCAUUGGUGAUGCCUACAUGGUAGCCUCAGGACUACCCAAGCGCAAUGGUAACCGGCACGCAGGUGAGAUCGCCAAUAUGUCGCUUGACAUCCUCAGUGCUGUCGGUACCUUCAGGAUGCGUCACAUGCCAGAUGUGCCAGUACGGAUUCGGAUCGGCCUGCACUCAGGGCCUUGCGUGGCUGGUGUAGUGGGACUAACGAUGCCACGGUACUGUCUCUUUGGGGAUACAGUCAACACAGCCUCACGGAUGGAGUCCACAGGCUUGCCUUAUCGAAUCCACGUCAAUAUGCGCACAGUGGAGAUCUUGCAUUCGCUCAAAGAGGGCUUCAAACUGGACAUCAGGGGCAAAACAGAGCUGAAGGGAAAAGGCAUUGAAAACACAUAUUGGCUCACAGGCCGUGAAGGCUUUAACAAGCCCAUCCCCACCCCUCCUGAUUUGAUACCAGGUGCAAGCAACCAUGGCAUCAGCAUGGAUGAGAUCCCUCUGGAGCGGAGGAAGAAGCUAGAGAAAGCACGUCAAGGACAGUCAUAGCCAGGGGACCGCCAUGGAAUGCCGUUUACGAGAGAGAUCAACUAGCAACCAAGUCUAUGGUGUGUGCCUGCCAGUGCUUUUGGACCAGCUCUGAUGAGGCCUUUUGGAGACAAGGAGAGGCAAAGAGGCAGGAGAAACCCUUUGAAAGGAGAAUGAAGAGAUGGCGUUUGAAAGGGUCCCAGCCUCCUUUGCCCAUGGCCAUAAACAACAAUGCGGACUCAUCCACUCCCUCCUACACCACAUGUUUCCCUCAUCUGCUCUUGUCAGUUCUGGCAUUUGGGAGAAACUUCAGCUCAACCUACUAUUUUCAUAUCAAAUAGUGCAUGUGCAUCCUGGGACUUGAGACAACCUGUGGCUCACCAUUUCAAAACCUAUCCAAAGGCUGAGCACAUGAAGGGACUUCGAUCAACUUAAGAAUGGAAGUUGAUCAUCUCCUGUCAUCAGAGACUUUGUUCCAUCCUUGCCAAGACUGCUCCUAAGGAUGUGAAGCCACUGAGGAAAACCAAAUGCAAAUACGUCCUCCGAUGUGGCAUUCUCCAGAGAAGUUUGGGCUUCAGUAUUGACUGCUAUGUUUUUGUGAGAAUGGAUGGUAAACCAACUAGGGAGCAAUGAUGAGGUGGUUACAUGAAAUUAUAACCCACCACCACCAGA